GCAACCGGUGAAAAUGAAAAUUCUUUUAUCCAGUAAUGUCACUUGGAAAAAAAAGGUGUGACAUGUUUGUCAUUCUUAUAUCAUUUUUUUGCUAACCUAAAAUGUUUUAUCAAAUGACUUGAUUUUGCUGUUUUGAGUUAUUUUUUACGGUUAUUUUUAAAAAUUUAUUGAGCUAAAUCUCGAUUGUGUCGCGUGGCGUCCGUUUGGUUGUUAAUAUUUUUUUAAUGCGUGACAAUUUUAUAAUGAUGGCUUUACGCUAAAGUUGCACUGAGAUGGAAAACGACCCGAAUAACACUAGGGCGGGUCGCGAGACAGGCCGGUGCAUGUCGGUGGCGGCGAUGCAGGCGCUGCACCGGCUGCGCGAGUGUCGGCUGCUGUGCGAUGCGAUCGUGCGCGCGGACGACGGCGCCGCCUUUCCCGUGCACCGCGCUAUCCUCUCCGCCUGCAGCCCAUACUUUCUGGCACUGUUUACAACAACACUGCACUGCCGGGAGCAGAGUGACGUGCUGAUAUCGGGCGUGCGCUCCGAGAUCCUGCUACUGCUGAUUGAGUACGCGUAUCUGCGGCGCAUAGACGUUUCUGACGGGAACGUCCACGAGCUGCUCAUGACCGCUGACUACCUCGCUUUUCUGGGCGUGCUGCAGCUCUGCUGUGACCAUCUAAGGGCUGCUCUUAACCCUAAGAACUGUCUCGGUAUCAUGAUGUUCGCAAGACGUGUGUUUUGUUAUAAACUGGAAGCAGAUGCCCGUCGAUACUUGCUUCGUUAUUUUGUUACGGUGGCGACACAGAGCGAGGAAUUCCUUCAUCUGCCGUUAGAAGAAUUGAACUCCAUCAUUCUAGAGGAUGAACUAAAUGUAAAGAGCGAAGAAGUAGUAUGGGAAGCUGUGCUGCGCUGGGUGAAUUACGAACCCGACUCACGCUGGCAGCACACUGUUAAACUCAUGGGCAGUAUACGUCUCGGAUUGUUGGACACACAAUUUUUUUUAGAAAAUGUAAAAGACCAUCCGUAUGUAACUGGAAACGAAGGAUCGAGGCCCAUAAUUAUAGAGACACUGAAGUUUCUGUACGAUUUGGAAAUGAUCGCUCAGAGAGACGGUGAAGUUGCCACACCCGAAAUUGCACGACCGAGAGUGCCGCACGAGGUUUUAUUCGCGAUCGGUGGCUGGAGCGGCGGAUCCCCGACCGCCUUCAUCGAAACCUACGAUACUAGAGCUGAUCGUUGGAUAAAGGUAGAAGAAGUGGACUCUGCCGGUCCUCGCGCGUACCAUGGCACCGCGGUGCUGGGUUACUGCAUCUACGUGAUCGGCGGCUUCGACGGCAUGGAUUACUUCAACUCGUGCCGCUGUUUUGACGCCGUCACGAAGACGUGGCGUGAGGUGGCUCCAAUGAACGCGCGGCGGUGUUACGUGUCAGUGGCAGUGUUAGGCGAGACGAUAUACGCGAUGGGCGGCUACGACGGCCACCACCGCCAGAACACGGCGGAGAAGUUCAACCACCGCACCAACCAGUGGUCCCUGGUGGCGCCCAUGAACGCGCAACGGUCUGAUGCCAGCGCCGCCGCACUCGACAAUAAGAUCUACAUAACGGGCGGUUUCAACGGGCAAGAGUGUAUGAACAGUGUGGAGGUGUACGAUCCUGACACGAAUCAGUGGACUAACCUGGCGCCUAUGCGUUCGCGCCGCUCCGGCGUCUCGUGCAUUGCCUAUCACAACAAGAUCUAUGUAAUAGGGGGUUUCAACGGCAUAUCGAGGAUGUGCAGCGGCGAGGUGUACGACCCAGCGACCAACACCUGGGCGCCGGUGCCCGACAUGUACAACCCGCGCAGCAACUUCGCCAUAGAAGUCAUCGACGAUAUGAUAUUCGCCAUCGGCGGCUUCAAUGGGGUCACUACUAUCUACCACGUCGAAUGCUAUGAUGAGAGAACUAACGAGUGGUAUGAAGCAACCGACAUGAACAUCUACCGUUCGGCGCUGUCAGCGUGCGUGAUCAUGGGCUUGCCCAACGUGUACGACUACAUCCACAAACACCGGGAGCGGCUCAUGGAGGAGAAGCGGCAGAAAAUCCUGCUCUCAGAGACCGCGCGCCAUGGACAACACCGCACCGCAUUGCCCGAUGUCCAUCUUAUGGAAGAUAACGACGAUAUGUUAGAGCAGCUCGGGCUCAUGGACAACCAGGCGAACAACAACGAAGUGCCGGUGCCGCCGCCCCCGCCGCCGCCGCUGCCGCCACAACCGAUGGAGCAAGAUUGACUGUCUCUUUUGUAUCCGUUUUAAGGUCACACUCAAGUUUAAAAUUUUCAAAACACCUUGCUAUCUCCUAAUCAGUAA